AUGCCGACACGGAUUAAAAACAAUGUUUUGCAUUACGAAGGUUGCAAUUACUUGAGAUACAGACUAAUAUUAUCGACCUUAUCGGGAAAGCCUAUAAAAAUAACAGAUAUUCGGUCUAAAGAUGACGAGCCAGGCCUGAAAGAAUUUGAAAUAAGCUUCAUAAGGUUGUUGGAUAAAAUAACUAAUGGCUCUAGAAUAGAAGUGAACGAAACGGGUACAAGUCUAUAUUACAUUCCUGGAUUAUUAGCUGGAGGAGUGAUUGACCAUGACUGUAGUUUACAAAGAGGAAUUGGUUAUUAUCUCGAAGCAGUUAUGGCAUUGUCACCGUUUUGUAAAACUCCAUUAAAAAUUAAGUUAAAGGGAGUUACUAAUAAUAAUGAAGAUCCCAGUGUUGAUAGAAUUAAAACAGCUGGCAUUCCAGUACUUAAACGUUAUUUAGCUGGCGAUAAUGAUAUUAAAUUCAACAUAAACAAAAGAGGUGUGGUACCUCUAGGAGGAGGAGAAGUAUAUUUUGAGUGUCCUGCUAGUAAAUUUCUCAAAUCCAUUCAGUGUUUAAACAGUGGCAUGGUAAAAAGAGUCAGAGGUACAGCAUGUAGCUUGCGAGUUUCACCUGCGAUUUCUAAUCGUCUUGUUGAAUCUGCUAAGGGUGUUUUAUUGAAAUUUUUGCCAGAUAUUCAUAUUUACACUGAUGCUACUAGGGGAGCCUCAAGUGGAAAAUCUCCAGGUUUUGGCGUGAGUCUAACAUCAGAAAGUUCAGAAGAUACGUUUCUUUGUGGGGAAGCAUAUUCUCCAUUAAUGACAGCUGGAUCCUUGCCAUGUGUUCCUGAAGAUUUAGGCAAAGAAGCAGCUCUUAAACUGCUAGACGAAGUUUACAGGAAUGGAUGCGUAGAUAGUGCUUUCCAGUGUGUAACAGCACUCUUCAUGGCCCUUGGAAAAAAGGAUGUCUCAAAAAUGAUCGUAGGACCACUGACCCCAGCUAUGGUACAAUUUUUGAGAGACUUGAGGGAUUUCUUUGGGGUCACUUUCAAACUAGAAAAUGUCAAGGAUGAAGAUGGGGAAAGUACUGAACAAGUGUUGUUAACGUGCGUGGGCAUAGGAUAUUCGAAUUUGAGCAGGAGAGUUUUAUAAUUGUCAGAUUUUGAGAUCACAUCUGACCUUUGUACAUAU